AUGUCCUCAUGCAGCAGCCGAGCCGUCACUAGUUCCCACGACAGUGAGUCAGCUCUCGACUCCAACGCCGUGAUGAGGAACUGGUACGACUCGCUUAGACUUGCCAGAAGCGUGAUCACCAAGUCGUCCUCGCUGACCGGAGCGCCCACUGCGUCGAGCUGCUCCGCCAGCGUCUUGAUCUUGUUGAUGUGCUCCAGCACAUCAUCACCUUCUUCCAUCAUCGUGGUGAAGAAACGUCGACGAAGGAAGAGUUUCUGCGAAUCCUCCAUCGCGAGACAGAUAAUCGCCAGCGCCUUGCGCGACUUCCGCUUGAACGUCGCUUGUUGGUUCCGUCGAACUUGUUGA